AUGGACGAAGACGGGGACUUCGAUGACGAAGAAGAGUGGCAGGGCAUCUCUACCAACGACACGCCGAAUGAUACCCCCGUGCCCACCGAAGCCUCUGCCGCAGCCGAGCACCCAACAUCCUCCGCCCCUGCCACCCGCUACGUCCCUCCCCACCUGCGCAACAAAGCAGUAGCGGGCGAUGGGCAGGACGCCGAGGUCAUCGCGAAACUCACGAAGAAGCUGAAGGGGUUGCUGAAUAGGAUGACCGAGCAGAACUUCGGCUCCAUCAUCGAAGGCGUCGAGGAGACGUACAGGCAGAAUAGGCGACAUGACGUUACCUCCACCCUCACCAAGCUCAUCAUCGAGGGCACGUCCUCGCACGCGCUCCUCCUCGACUCGUACGUCGUGCUGCACGCCGCGUUCGUGGCCGCGCUGCACAAGAUCGUGGGCGUGGAGUUUGCCGCGUACUUCGUGCAAACACUCGUCGCCGAGUACGAGCGCCAUCGAGCGGAGGCUGCGGGUGCAUUUGCUCAACAGUCCUCCGCCUCUGCGCAACAGUCCCCCGCCGACGAGCCCAACGGCCCCGCCACCGAUCCAGCCCACGCCGACCCCUCGCAACAAGUUCCUAGCAAUCACGACCCAAACGACCCAAACGCCGACAUAACCCGCGAAGGCGCCGGGAAAGAGUGCUCCAACCUCAUCGUGCUCAUCUCCGAGCUCUACAACUUCCAGGUGGUGUCGUGCGUGCUGGUGUACGAUAUCAUCCGGUCGUUGCUGGGUGGGGGUGGCGGGGGGAAUGGCGAGGAUACCGGAAUGGACGAGCUGGAUGUGGAGUUGUUGCUCAAGGUUGUGAGGAACUCCGGCCAACAAUUGCGCGCGGACGACCCGUCAGCGCUGAAGGACAUCAUCCAAAUCGUGCAGGGGAAGGUGGACGGGAAGGGCGGGAACUUGAGCUCCCGCACGAAAUUCAUGAUCGAGACCCUCACCAACCUUAAGAACAACAAGGCGGCGAAGAGCAAGAAGGGCCAGCAGGGUCAGACGGGCGGGAACGAGGCGGUCGAGAGGAUGAAGAAGUUCUUGAGUGGGAUGGCGAAGAAGAGGCAUGUCCUCGCCCACGAACCCCUCCGCGUCACACUUGAGGACCUACACUCGGCCGAGAGCCGCGGCAAGUGGUGGCUCGUUGGCGCUGCAUGGGGUGGCGAUCCGCUAGUCGAGCGGCAGGGCGACGUCGAUGGUUCCGGCUCCGGCCCCAAUGGCACAAUUGGCAGCAGUAACAACGCCACAAACAAGCCCAAGGAAAGCGCCGAGUCCAAGCUCCUCAAGCUCGCUCGCAAGCAGGGCAUGAACACCGACAUCCGGCGCUCCAUCUUCGUAGUGCUGAUGAGCAGCGACGAUUACGUGGAUGCGUGCGAGCGAUUGGGGCAGCUGAAUCUGACGGAGGUGCAGCAGAGGGAGAUUGUGAGGGUGCUGCUGCAUUGUUGUGGGAAUGAAGCCGCCUACAACCCGUACUACGCCCUCGUCGGCCAGCACCUCUGCCGGCAGUCUCAUUCCUACAAGAUCACCCUCCAAUUUUGCCUCUGGGACUUCCUCCGCGACCUCGGCGAGACCCGCGUCGGCGGCGCCGAGGUCGUGAAAAAUCUGGGCGACAACGAUAAUUCCGACGACGAAGAACGCGCCAAGAAGAUCUCGCCCGCGCGCAUGCGCAACGUCGCGAAACUCUACGCGUGGUGGAUCGCGAAGGACGCGACCUCGCUUACGAUUCUCAAGCCUGUCGACUUUACCGUGCUGAAGCCGCGGGGGCGGGCGUUCCUGAGGGAGCUCCUCGUGCAGACCUUCGUCGCAAGUCAGACCGCGUCGCCCGUGUUGGGGGCGGCUCCGCAGACGCGGAAUCGAGGCGCGGUGGAGGAGGUGUUCAUCAAGGCGGCGCGGGUGGAGGCGCUGGCGAUGGGCCUGGUGUACUUCAUCACGCAGGUAGUCAUGAAGGAGGCUGGGGCGGACGAUGCGGAGGGCAAGUUCGUCAAAUGGGCAGGCGGGGUGGCGAAGGAGACGCUGAGGACGGGCCUCGAUGUGGUACCUGGGCUGACGGAUGACUUGUGA